AUGGACUCAAAUGGAGCGGCAGAACGCUCAUUCCAGAUCUUGAAACAAACGCUUCAAAAGCAGGUCUUUGAUUGUGAUGAACAAUAUACAAUUCAGCAUAGGCUCAGUAACUUGUUACUGAAGUAUCGAUCUACUCCACAGACUGCUACUGGUGUAUCGCCAGCUGAAUUAUUUCUUCAGCGUCAGCUACGCACACCUCUCUCGUUGUUGAAACCUGACACUGGAAGUCGCGUUCAACAGAAGCAAGCUGAGCAAAAACGACAACAUGACAAAGGGCGAGUUCGGGUUCGAACAUUCUCGCCGAAACAGACAGUGCGGAUGAGGAAUUUCAUGGGUGGUCAGGAAAAGUGGAUGCCGGGUACGAUAGUGAGACAGCUAGGUCCUCUUACUUAUCUCGAACGGGUAGGACCAAACAUUCGCUACACCCAUGUUGAUCAUAUCUUAUCGUCAGGGGAGGAACCGUUAUUUGACGAUUUAUCCGUGGUGUCUAAUUCGGGUUCAAACCAGUCGCAAGUGGAUACACCCGUGAUACUACCAGAGACGUUCUCGCGUUCUCCAAUAACGUCUAAGGAACCUGAAACACUUAAGGUGCCAUCUCUGUACCUGACGCCUCAGCAGUCGUAG